ACCGAGAAAUGAUAUUGGCUGAUUUCCAGGCCUGUACUGGUAUUGAAAAUAUUGAUGAAGCUAUAACGUUGCUUGAACAAAAUAACUGGGAUUUAGUGGCAGCUAUAAAUGGUGUAAUACCACAAGAAAAUGGCAUCCUACAAAGUGAGUAUGGUGGGGAGACUUUACAUGGACCAGCAUACGGCCCCACAAGUCAUUCUACAGCAGCUUCUUCAACUCCUUCCUCAUCCUCAGCAUUUCGCCAUGUAGUGCCAUCUAGACAAAUAGUGGAAAGACAGCCUCGAAUGCUUGACUUCAGGGUUGAGUACAGAGACAGAAAUGUGGAUGUAGUACUUGAAGACAGCUCUACAGUUGGAGAUAUCAAACAUAUUCUAGAAAAUGAACUUCAGAUUCCUGCAUCCAAAAUGCUAUUAAAAGGGUGGAAGACUGGAGAUGUAGAUGAUAGUACUGUUUUAAAAUCUCUACACUUGCCAAAAAAUAAUAGUCUUUAUGUUCUAACACCUGACCUGCCUCCUCCUUCUUCAAGUCAUUCUGGGGCCCUGCAGGAGUCAUUAAAUCAAAACUUCAUGCUGAUUGUCACCCAUCGAGAAGUCCAGCGGGAGUACAACCUCAACUUCUCAGGAAGCAGUACCAUUCAGGAGGUAAAGCGGAAUGUGUAUGACCUAACUAGUAUCCCUGUCCGUCACCAGUUAUGGGAAGGCUGGCCUCCUUCAGCCACAGAUGACUCAAUGACUCUAGCUGUAUCGGGACUGAGUUUUCCUUGCCAUCGACUUACAGUUGGAAGAAGAUCCUCACCUGUCCAAACGAGGGAGCAGUCAGAGGAGCAGUGCACUGACGUUCAUAUGGUUAGUGACAGUGAUGGAGAUGACUUUGAAGAUGCUACAGAGUUUGGAGUUGAUGAUGGAGAAAUGUUUGGAGUAGCAUCAUCUGCCUUGAGGAAAUCGCCAAUGAUGCCAGAAAAUGCUGAAAAUGAAGGAGAUGCCUUAUUACAAUUUACAGCAGAGUUUUCUUCAAGGUACGGUGACUGCCAUCCUGUUUAUUUUAUUGGAUCUUUAGAGGCUGCUUUUCAAGAAGCCUUCUAUGGGAAAGCUAGAGAUAGAAAGCUUCUUGCUAUCUACCUCCACCAUGAUGAAAGUGUGCUAACUAACGUCUUCUGCUCACAAAUGCUUUGUGCUGAAUCCAUUGUCUCCUAUCUGAGUCAGAACUUCAUAACCUGGGCAUGGGAUAUGACAAAAGAAGCAAAUAGAGCAAGGUUUCUGACGAUGUGCACUAGGCACUUUGGGAGUGUUGUAGCCCAAACAAUUCGAACUCAGAAGACAGACCAGUUUCCACUUUUCCUGAUUAUUAUGGGAAAACGAUCAUCUAAUGAAGUAUUGAAUGUAAUACAAGGUAACACAACAGUGGAUGAGCUAAUGAUGAGGCUGAUGGCUGCAAUGGAGAUCUUCAGUGCCCAGCAGCAGGAAGAUAUAAAGGAUGAGGAUGAACGUGAAGCCAGAGAAAAUGUGAAAAGGGAGCAGGAUGAAGCAUAUCGCAUAUCGCUGGAGGCUGACAGAGCAAAGAGGGAAGCACAAGAGAGAGAAAUGGCAGAGCAGUUCCGCCUGGAGCAGAUUCGGAAAGAACAGGAGGAAGAACGUGAGGCUAUCAGGCUCUCUCUUGAGCAAUCUUUGCCUCCCGAACCGAAAGAGGAGAGCACCGAGUCUGUCAGUAAACUGCGUAUCCGGACACCCAGCGGAGAAUUCUUUGAGCGACGUUUCCUGGCCAGCAGCAAGCUGCAGGUUGUCUUUGAUUUUGUAGCUUCCAAGGGGUAUCCUUGGGAGGAGUACAAGCUGCUGGGCACCUUUCCAAAGAGAGAUGUGACCCAGCUGGAUCCAAAUAAAUCAUUACUGGAGGUAAAACUGUAUCCUCAAGAAACCCUUUUCCUAGAAGCAAAAGAAUAG